AUGAUAAAAAAUAAUGAUAAAAAGCUUGUGUCUCAUACUUUGGAGUAUAUUGAACACCUAGAAAAUAAGUUGAUACCAAUAACAAGCUUUGAUAAAUCUCUCCAGAAAAGAUUUAUUACUAAUAUAAGAGCCAUUAGUAUUCAAAAAGAUGCCUCGAAAUGGACAUUAACAGAUAAAAAUAAUAUUGAAAUUGAUAUUGUCAAAACAAUUUGUCAAAGUAUUACUGAGGAAAUGAUAAUAAAUCUAGAGUAUAAUAAUCCUUUAUUAUCAUAUGUGGUUGAUUUUUCAAAUCUAUCCAAAGAAAUCAAAGAUGCAUUUGAUGAGCAAAUGCUAAUUACAAUGACAGCUCCACCAAUAAAAUUCUAUCGAGACAUGGAUCCUACUUUAGAAAAAUAUCUUGUAAACUUGUAUGAAAACCAACAAGUGUGUAAAAAUUUAUUUCCACAAGUCAGUGAUGCAAGCUCUUUAUUUCUGGAACAGUAUUUUCUUUGGAAAGCAAGCUGCAAACUGGGUGAAAGUACAUCAAGUGUAUCAAAAUAUCGAAAGACUGAAAAUAUAAAAUUUGAGAAGGAAACUCGUGAAUAUUUAGAUCAAAUAAUAGCACUGUUUCUCAUGUCUUCACAAGCAAAGAAGGCAGAUACCUGGAUUGAAAUAAUGAUUGCAAAAAAUCUUUAUGAGAUUGUAUUUGCUAAAACAUCAGGGUCACUAUUUCAAGCUACAUGCACAACUAAAAAGGUGUAUAAUGAUAAAUGUAAAUUAAUAUGCUUUGAGCAUGAUUUAAAAAAUAAAAUGCUCAGUGAACUUAUUGAGAAGAAAUACAUAUAUUUAUCUGAUUGGAAGAACCUUUGUAAUGACAUUCAUAAGGCUGAAUUGUUGUUAUUCCAAGCUUAUGGUAAUUGGGCUUUAUAUGUUUCUCUAGUAUCGAAUCCUGUCUCUAUUGGUUUAAUUUUUGGCAUUACUAAACACAUUUGUUUCAAUAUUUUAGAAGCAAAGCUCAAAGUUAGUGUCUUAGAUUGUCCAGCACAUCCUUUUUGUCCCAUGCGAGAAUUAUUUAACUUAGAUAUUCUGUAUAAAAAAGUAGCGAUAGAAGAAUUUAAGUUAUUUAUUCAAGAUUUAUAG